AUGGCUGCGAAUGAAUAUCAGAACCCUACUCAGCAUCUUCAUCAGGACAAAGCAGCAGGGAUUCUGGAUUUUGAUGCUACUUCAGCCAUAGCUUCUCAGCUUAAGGCUCUUACUAUGAAGGUGGAUUCUUUGGCAAAUUUGGGAAAUCAGCAGCCACCUUCAGUUUGCGAGCUUUAUGCGGGUGCACAUUCUUCUGAUGAUCAGUGUGCUAUAUCUAGUGAGUCCAUUGCUAACGCGUUGAUAAACAGACCACAAGGAACUCUUCCUAGUGAUACCGAGGCCAAUCCGGGUAAGAAAGAGAUAAAUGAACAGUCUGAUGCUGAAAAAACUGUUGUUGGCACUGAUAAGAAUGAAAUCAACGAGGAAGCAAGCAAGGAAUCAGCCGAGAAGUCUAGUCCUAAAGCUGAUAUUGGGGUCAAGCAAGUAUAUCCACCUCCCCCUUUUCUGAAGAGACUUCAGAAGCAUAAGCUCGACAAACGAUUCGCUGAAUUUCUAGAGGUUUUCAAGAAAUUACAAAUCAACGUACCUUUUACGGAGGCUCUAGAACAAAUGUUGAGUUAUGCUAAAUUCAUGAAAGGUAUUCUAUCUCGGAAACUCAAACUUGAGGAAUUGGAGACUGUAGCUUUGACCGAGGAGUGCAGUGCGGUGUUGCAUCAGAAAUUGCCCCCGAAGCUGAAAGAUCCGGGAAGUUUCACAAUACCAUGCACUAUUGGCAAGUUCUCUUUCGACAAGUGCUUGUGUGACUUGGGAGCUAGUAUCAAUCUGAUGCCAUUAUCUGUCUUCAAGAAACUUGGUCUACCGGAGCUGAAACCUACAAACAUGUCCUUACAACUGGCUGAUCGGUCCAUCACAUACCCGAGAGGUAUAGUGGAAGAUGUCUUGGUUAAAGUGGAUAAGCUUAUCUUCCCUGCUGAUUUUGUCAUCCUAGACUUCGAGGAGGAUAAGCAGAUUCCCAUUAUCUUGGGGAGGCCAUUCUUAGCUACAGGCCAAACUUUGAUCGAUGUGCAAAAAGGAGAGCUUACAAUGGGAGUUCAAGAUCAGAGUGUCACUUUUAAGGUGUUCAACGCAAUGAAAUUUCCAACCGACGAGGAAGAAUGCUUUAAGGUGGAGCCACUAGAAGCUGCUGAAAAUUCUGAGAUGGAGCAAAAGUUGAGGCCAGGUACUUUAGAGAGUGUAUUAACAGGGGAUUCUGAUUUCAAAGAUGAAGGAUUAGCAGCGCUUAAAAAUUCUCAAGAGCAUCUUAACCCAUAUAUUGAAGAAGCUCCCAAAAUCGAGCUCAAACUACCACCGGAUCUCUUAAGUGAUGUGCAGUUUAGAAGGUUGUCACGACGCAUAUAUGACAUGCAUGACAUUCACCUCCGUUUUGCAAAGGAUUUGACUUAG